ACUGAAUUCAGGUUUGAGAGAAGAGGCAGCAUGCUGCGAGCCAAGAAGUUUGCUCGGAAGACAAAGUCCGGCCGCGUGCUCACGGUGAGCAGGGAACACUACCUCCGUGAUGACAUCGGCUGCUCCAUCCAAGGAUGUGCGACAUGCACCGUCAACCCAGACACGUUGGAGCCAACAUCAAUCAUCCUGCCAGACACAAACGUCAUCCUGCACCAGCUGGAUGUGCUGGAGCACCAGGCCAUCAAGAACGUGAUCAUCUGCUCCACCGUUUUGGAUGAGGUCAAGCACCGCAGCCUUGCAGCCUACAACCGCGUGCGUGCCAUGCUCUCGGACAAGAAGCGCCACUUCUACGUGUACAGCAACGAACAUUCAAAGCACACGUAUGUGGAGCAGAACAAGGGCGAGUCUCCCAACGACCGCAAUGAUCGCGCCAUUCGCGUGUGCGUCAAGUGGUACAACGACCACAUCAAACAGGUGAUGCCCACUGCCAAGGACGCCAAGGUGAUCCUCCUCACCAAUGACGCCGCAAACCUGAAGCUGGCGACCGCUGACGGUGGCAUCCCCGGUUACACAGUACAUGAGUACGUGCGCCGAUUCGUGGAUGAUCCUGCUGUCAAAGAUCUGCUCGCAUAUCCAAGCGACACCUUCUCAAAGGUGAUGGCGCGCGAGGACGAGCUGAGCGAGCCAUUUGAUGCGUACCUGAACGAGACGGCCAUCCAGCAGGGCAUCAAGGGCGGUGUCUACCUGCAGGGCGUCUUCCAAGCAUCAAGGGAGAAUCCAAACGAGGGCUUUGUGCGCGUACGCGGGCGAGACGACGCUGUGCUUGUGAUUGGGCGGGACAUGAACAGGGCUGUGCAGGGCGAUGUUGUGGCACUCUCCCUUCUUCCAAAGGCAGAGUGGAAGGCCCCGCUCGAUGUUGUGGAGAAGCGCGGUGCGAAUGUGCUAGUGACGAGCACGAAGCUUGAGGACGAAGACGACGACGCUGUUGUGUCUGAGCCCAAACCAACGGGAAAGAUUGUUGGCAUUGUGCGGCGCCGGUGGCGGCCGUACUGCGGUGUGCUUGUGGAUGCAAGGCCAACAGACACGCACGUGCUCUUCUCUGCACAGGAUGAGCGCAUCCCUUAUGUGCGCAUCCAAUCGAGCCAGACUGCCGAGCUGAUUGGACAGCAGAUUGUUGUUGCCAUCGACGCCUGGCCCUCAAAAUCGCGCUACCCAGUGGGCCACUUCGUACGGCGGCUGGGGCCGAUUGGCGACCGGGAAACGGAGACGGAGGUUGUUCUUCUCGAACACGACGUCCCUUACGAGGCCUUUUCCCAGGCCGUGCUCGACUGCCUGCCCUCGGAGACGUGGACGUGUUCUGAUGCCCCAGACUCGUUGGCGAAGCGCCGCGACCUGCGCCACCUCAACAUCUGCUCCGUCGACCCGCCAGGAUGUACGGACAUUGACGAUGCCCUCCACGCGCGCGAGCUCGACAACGGCAACUACGAGAUUGGGGUGCACAUUGCAGAUGUGACGUACUUUGUGCGCCCAGGCAGUGCGCUGGACAAGGAAGCCGCCAAACGCGGCACAACCGUGUACCUUGCAGACCGCAGGAUUGACAUGGUUCCUGGGCUGCUCAGCUCGAACUUGUGCUCUCUUCGUGGCGGCGAGGAGCGGUUUGCCUUCUCCUGUGUUUGGGAGAUCACCAAAGAGGCUGAGAUUGUCUCGACCGAGUUUUUCAAGUCCAUCAUCAAGUCCAAGUCGGCAAUGAUGUAUUCGGAAGCGCAGAUGCGCAUCGAUGACAAGUCGGACAACUCCGAGCUCACACAGAGUCUGCGCGUUCUCAACUCUCUGGCGAAGAAACUGCGCCGUCGCCGCAUCGAACGUGGCGCCCUCAUGCUUGCAUCGACAGAGGUGCGCUUUAGUAUGGACAACGAGACCAACGACCCCGUGGACAUGAAGAUCAAGGAGCAGUACGAGACAAACUCCAUGGUCGAGGAGUUUAUGCUGUUGGCCAAUGUGUCGACCGCUGAGCACAUUUUCCGCCACUUUCCGCAGUGCGCUGUUCUUCGUCGUCACCCGUCCCCGCCACCAGCAAACUUUGAACCCCUCCUCAAGGCGGCGCAUGUUGCUGGUGUUGAGCUGAGCACUGCGAGUUCAAAGGAGCUUGCUGUCUCCCUGGACCGCGCCGCCCCAGAGGGCAAGCCCUACCUCCGCACCCUCCUGCGCAUGCUGGCGACCCGCUGCAUGAUGCAAGCCGUGUAUUUCAGCUCGGGCACUGUUCCCCAGACUGAAUUCAAGCAUUACGGUCUUGCCUCCCCCAUCUACACCCAUUUCACAUCUCCAAUUCGAAGGUAUGCUGAUGUGCUCGUGCAUCGUCUCCUCGCCGCGUCGAUUGGAGCAGACAUCACCUAUCCAGACCUCCUUGACAAGGACAAGGUGUCGAGCGUGUGUGAUGGACUGAACAUUCGCAACCGCAUGGCGCAAUACGCAGCGCGCGCGUCUACCGAGCUCCAGUGCUGCGUCUACUUCAAGGGGCGCCCCACGGCUGCGACUGGCUACGUGACGCGCGUGCGGAAGAAUGCAGUGCAGGUCCUGGUGCCAACGUUUGGCGUGGAGGGCCCCGUGUACUUUGACCCCAUCGAUUCAUCGAAGACGGCGCCAACGCUCAAAUUUGAUGCAGAACAGCUCACGCUGGACGUCACGCCCGCAGAUGGCGGCCAGGCCACGACCUUCAAAGUGUUUGAUGAGGUGCAGGUGCUCAUCCAGGUUGACGAAUCAGACGCCCAGCGACGCAGGAUUGUGCUGAAGUUGAUGAACCCAGCUGUUGCCGGUGUGUCGGUGAGUGCGCCGAAAGACGUCGACGUUGAGCCGGGUCUCGCCGACGAGGGCGCCAUUGUCGAAGACAUCACAGGUGAGCAGCAGCAGCAGCAGCAGCAGCAGCAGCAGGGUGGUGCGGGGCCCGGUGGCGACGCCAUGCAUACUGACGAGGAUGGUGGUGACGAGGAUGAGGAUGAUGGUGCUGUGGCGCAAGAGGACGCAAAGGAUGUGGCGAGGAAGAGUGGCGGUGCGGGCAGCACGCCUGGGUCCGCAAGGAAAGGUGCUGACGCAAAGAAGAAGGGAAAGGCGGCAAAGGCCAAGAAACAGUCGACAACGCCGAAGAAGCAGGACAAGGCUGCAAAGCGCCGUGCGUCCAAGAAGAAGGGGAAGAACUCGACCAAGCGCAGCAAGCGGUCGUACUCGCAGGAGUAGUUGGCCUGCGGUGUGUGUGUGUGUGUGUGUGUGUGUGUGUGUGUGUGUGUGUGUGUGUGUGUGUGUGUG